AUAACGCUCACUCGACAAUUGGCCUUAAUGUUACUCACAAUAGGCCGACUUUUUUCCUGUGAUUGUGCCACCUCCAUGACUAAUAAAGUCUGUGAAGUCACACUCGACCUUUAUUCCCGACCUGUGCAAGUCAACAACAGCGUUUGAAAGGCACAAUCAAAGCGAACUGGAUUUGGCGGCAACUCCUCCCGUGACUGCAUCUUAACCGGACGGAGCAGCAUCUACUGGAUCCAAUUUCCCUCGAAGACCACACCAGACCAGUUGUGAUUGAGUGACUACUGGCCCGUUCCUGCUUUCCAUGUAGCUUGGCCCGUUCUCCCCGUUGCCUUAGAGGCCCAGUCGACGGUCACAGGUGUUUGAGAGCGUAUGUAGAUGAAGACUGACGGUAAGGGCGACAGGAUCGUCGUAGAGGCUUUUUCCCAACAAGAUGUCGGAGACUGAGAAGUGUAAGUUGUACAUCAAUGAGCACAAUGAGACUAAUCCGUAUCACAUCAAGAAUGCCUAUGGGGGCAUUCCGCAAAAUCUUAUCACCAACCUGAUCUUGUUGGCUGUGCUGUUGGUCACGUUUCUGAUCUUGAGGAAAUCGGCGUGGAAGGUAGUCAAUCGGAUCGUGAAGAAGGAUGAUUUGGAUCGUUGGACCCAUGUGUUCUUUUCGUUCACGGAGAAUCUGAUCAGCGGAGGCCAGGACAAGACGGAUGGAGGACCGGUGGAGGCUGGGGACGAGGUUAUUAACAACCGUGGCUCGCGACGAUUGCCGAUUCGACGACAGAGCUCCAUUACAGAGACCAUGACGUUCGGACAGUGGUUGGCCUCGAUCUUUACAUCCUCGGAUGACGAUAUUGAGGCCAAGUGUGGCGUGGAUGCGCGGCAAUAUGUGCGAUUCAUUCGGUACAUCAUCAUCUUCUUGACUUUGGUGGUGAUCUUAUCGAUUGGCGUGAUUUUGCCUCUGAAUUUCCAAGGGACGUUGCAAGGAGAUAAAACCUCAUUUGAACACACGACUUUGGUCAAUCUGGAUCCUUCCUCGGAUUACUUGUGGGUUCAUGUGGCCUUGUCGUUCUUGUUUUUCCCUCUGGCCAUUGCGAUCAUGAGGAAGUUCUCGGUGGAUGUUGAAUUUCAGGACGUAAGUUUGGAGAUUUCUCGUACUUUGAUGAUUGAGAAAGUACCCAAGUAUCUUUGCAAAGUCGAAGAGAUUACCCGCCACUUCACGGAAGCCUUUGCGAACGUAGAGGUGAAGGAAGUCCGAUUUGCCUAUGACGUGGAGAAGCUCAAAGCCAUCCAUGAUGACCUGGUGGAGGUUCGAUUGGCCAAAGAGUAUUGCGAGCGGAAUCAGGAGCUUGGACGGGGCCCAAUCACCAUGUAUCCCAUUCAAUGCAGCCGUUGUUGCUCCUGUUGCUGUUGUUGCUGUGUCAAAGCCGAGAAUGGCUUGGAGUAUUACACGGCUGAGGAGACUCGACUGACCACGGCCUUUGAUAAGGAGAAAGAAUCCGCACUCAGGACCCCCCUGGGAAUCGUGUUCAUCACUUUUCAGUCCGUGAACAUGUCCAAACUAGUGUUUGACGCCCAUCGUCAAGGCUUCUUUUCCUGGAAUUGGGAACCACCCUACUCCACGCUUUCCUCCAUUCUUAGGCCCAAGCAGUGGAAGAUUACCUAUGCACCCACUCCGGAUGACAUCUAUUGGGAGAACUUGAGUGUGGAGCGACGUUAUUUGCUUCUGAAGAAGAUCAUCAUUAACAUAUGUCUCUUCAUCAUCACCUUCUUCCUAACAACUCCGGAAUAUCUUGUCAGUCAAACCGACUACAUUGUCAAGCUCUUUGGCGAGAGUCUGGCUUUACCCUCAAGUCUUGUAGACUUCCUACCCACCAUCAUGCUUUGGGGAUUCACCGCCUUUAUGCCCUUGCUUGUGUCCUGGAGCGAUCGCUUCUUGGGCCAUUGGACCCGCUCGGCAGAGAACCACGCCAUUAUGAAGAAAACCUUCUGGUAUCUUCUUUUUAUGGUUGUAUUUUUGCCUACGUUCGGUUUCACUACCGCCCAAGCCAGCUUCAACUUUAUUUUCAAUGAGGGCAAGAAUGACACCUACCGAUGGGAAUGCGUCUUCCUCCCGGAUUCGGGUGCCUUCUUUGUGAACUACAUCAUCACUACGGCCUUGGUUGGAGCUGGUCUGGAACUCAUCCGAUUCCCAGAGCUGUUUUUCUACACAAUCCGGAUCUGCUGGUCCAAAUCCGAAGCAGACAUCCCAGCUAUCCGACGAGCUAUGAAGUACGAGUUCCGCUUUGGCGAGCAGUACGCUCGGAUGAUGCUCAUUCUCUGCAUGACUAUGAUGUAUUGCCUGUCUUGUCCGUUGAUCGUGCCCUUUGGAUGGCUUUACUUCGUGACCAGAUAUUACGUGGAUCGGCAUAACCUUCUCUAUGUCUACAAACCCUCCAAGAUCAACAAGGAAGUUCAUUCCACGGCCAUUAGUUUCGUGGUCCUGUCCACUUUGGUGUUACUGUUUUUCAUGACGGUGUUCACCGUGAUUCGUAGCGGCAGUUUGUCAGAGCUGACCAUGAAAUCCAAGGUGGAAAUAGGUCUUUUUCUUCUAGCUGUGAACAUCUUUUCGGCCCAAUUGUGGUCAGACACGUGCAAGAAAUUCAGUCCCAUUGAGUUCAUUGAAUGCACGUAUUUGAGAGAGUCUGAGACGCUCAGUCAGAAUCACACUUACAUUCCGGACAUCCUCCUGCCUCAUUUUAGAGCUUUGAAGAUGUUAAAUCGUGGAAGCUCUCAACGUUCCACAAAAUCGAACAGGGCCCAAACAUCCGAAGAUUCAAUCGAUCCCGUCCCCUCCCCUCAGUAUGGAACGUUUCACGCAGAAGUUGAGACCCAUUGAGGUGGUUUUAAAAAAUCAAAUCUUUAUUUAUUUUUUUUGUUACUGUCAUUUGGACUGGUUAUCACCAACAUUUGUAAAGUACUGAAAAUUUGUGUGUUUCACAGUCUAUCUCGACAUGCCAAGAUGAGCAAGCUUGCGGAAAAUCUUGGGUCCUUCCCACCAGCCACUGGAAAAAAGAAGGAACAUUUUAGGUCGAGUCGUGACAAGAUGCCCCUUUGUUAAACUAAAUCAAAAAGUGUCAGAUUUUAAUGUAGAACCCACCAGAGGAAAACCUGAAGACAAUUCAGAAAUAAAACAAGAAUGGGAUCGUUCCA